UUCCCUUGGAGGAAAGUGGCUCCCUGGUCAAGAGCGCAGUUUGAUUCGUCAUUAAACGCCAGAAGAAGCAGCAGAGCUGCAGCGUCAGUGGCCCCUUCUGGGGUCUGAAUAAGUGGACCUGCUUCUUCUAAACACGGCCUGAAAAGGCAGAGAAGGGAUGAGUACCCCGUGAAAGACCAAGCAGUCAAAUAUGGAACAGCAAGACCCAGCUACCCCUGAAGCAGGACUUGGCCCUGAUGCCAUCAAGACUGAGACCCAUGCGGAGGAAUUCCUGGGGGAAAAUGUGCAGAAGAUCUUGGGGGAGAAUCCCCUCAGCUCAGAUGUGCAGCGCCAGCAGUUCUGGCGCUUCCGCUACCAGGAGGCUGAGGGGCCCCGAGAGGCUUGCAGCCGACUCCACCUUCUUUGCCAUGAGUGGCUGAAGCCAGAGCGACACACAAAGAACCAGAUUCUGGACCUGGUGAUCCUGGAGCAGUUCCUGGCUCUCCUGCCCCCAGAGAUGGAGAGCUUGGUGAGGGAAUGUGGAGCGGAGACCAGUUCCCAAGCAGUGGCCCUGGCAGAAGGUUUCCUCCUGAGCUGGGCAGAAGAUGAGAUGCAGGACGAGCAGCAGGAAAAGGGUCUCUUUGCAGAAAUAGGAACUGAUUUCUCUGAGGCAGAGAGGACUCCAUCGGACCCCAGCCACAGGCUUCUGGGAAAUGAAAUGAUGUCAGCAAGACCUACUAAAGCAUCUCCCCUUUCUGGUGGAGGAGAAGCUGUUGCUGUCGCCCCAGAUCAGCAUCCAGUGUCUUUGGAGGAUGUGGCUGUGAAUUUCACGGAAGAGGAGUGGACUUUGCUGAAUCCUAACCAGAGAGCUCUGCAUAGUGAAGUCAUGGAGCUAAUUUGCAGGACUCUGUCCUAUCUUGGUAAGGCCCCCUGUUUGGUCAUAAUAUGUUAUGUGUCUUCAAGUCGAUUACGACUUACAGUGACCCUAUGAAUCAGCGACCUCCAAGAGCAUCUCUUAUAAACCACCCUGUUCUGAUCUUGUACGUUCAGAUCUGUAGCUCCCUUUAUGGAAUCAAUUCAUCUCUUGUUUGGUCUUCCUCUUUUUCUAUUCCCUUCUGUUUUUCCCAGCAUUAUUCUCUUUUCUAGUGAAUCAUUUCUUGUCAUUAUGUGUCCAAAGUAUGAUAACCUCAGUUUCAUCAUGUUAGCUUCUAAUGAUAGUUCUGGUUUACUUUGUUCUAAAACCCAAUUAUUUGUCUUUUCUCGGUCCAUGGUAUCAGUCGUAAUAUCUGUUUUCAAAUUCCAUGUUUCUAUAUUUAAUGAACCCAAAUAUUCUAUGUAGUGCCACCUAUUUCAUCUGGGAUUCUUAAUCCUCUGCAGAUAACCUUGAAUUGAGAGCCAUCUAUUCUCUCUGAACAAAGAUCUCUCGUUAUGCCCUUCUAAAACAAUGGUCCAAUUCGCUGGAAUUUUUCACUAAAAUGUUUCCCCAAGUGCUAACACAGCAUAGCUGAGCUCCAUUUCAGUUUCUACUAUAGCCCAUUAGGUGCAACAUGUGGACACGUCCAACACUUCCCUCUUAGUUUAACUUUUCUCCUAGAAAGUGGGGCAGAGUGGUGGCAGAGCAUCAUGCUAUUUGGGGGAGAGGAGGACCAUUUUAAGACUGGGGUAGGCAUCAUGGUGUGCUCCACAGAUUGCUGGACUCUGACUCCCAUCAGUGGUGACCACUGUCCACACUGACUGGGGCUGAUGGGAAUGGGAUUCCAACAAGUUCUAGAGAGCACGACUUUGUUAUAGGGAAUGGGACGAGACAGUAAGAAAAGCCUUCCCUAUAUCUGCCCAUUUCUUAUAUUUCAACACUUCAAGUCCACUUCUUCCACGGUAGUACAAGAUUUGCAGGCUAUGAGGAAUCCUUGUAAGAAAGUGGACUUGGCCAGUGCAGAGCCACCCUCCCGCAAUUUGUCUAUGUAUGUAUGUGUGUCUUUGUGAUUGGCCUAGGACCACCCAAUGGGAUUAACCUCUGACUGGGAGCUGAACCCAGGUCUCCAUUGUUUAAAUCCAAAAGUCUAACAGUUGUCAGUGAAUGUCAGAUGACAGAGACUAUUCAACCCAGGGUAAGCUCGGUCUCCCAUCCAAGUCCUUUCAGUUCUUCCUUUAUCACAACACUUAAUUGGGAUUGUUCAAUAAUUUGAGAUUACAUUUCUUCCCUCGUGCUCUUAUCAAUUUCUCUCUUCCUUGAAGAAGAUGACGAGUGGAAAGCCAAGAGGAAAGGAGAACUCUGUGGGAAAGAGAUACA